GGUUCAUCGGCUGGAACUCGACCUUUUGUUUUAUUUUGUGCUUCGAGCAACCGAAAUAAGGACAUCGAGAUGUCGGCAGCCGGACCGGAAGUGGUCGCUGGAUCGGUGGCUGCGGCCGCGGCCAGUGGAUUUUCCGCUACCAGCGUCUUCUUCACCCUCCUAGUGCCAGCCAUCCUGCUGUACUACGUCUACUUCAGGAUCUCGCGUCGUCACAUGAUCGAGCUCUCCGACAAGAUUCCCGGACCCAAAGGACUGCCUCUGCUGGGAAACGCCCUCGAGCUCAUCGGAAGCUCCGACACCAUCUUCCGUAACGUCUACAAGAGGUCCUUCGAGUUCGACCAGGUCAUCAAGCUGUGGGUCGGACCCAAGCUGGUCAUCUUCCUGAUCGACCCCCGUGACGUCGAGGUCAUCCUCUCCAGCCACGUCUACAUCGACAAGUCCCCUGAGUACAGGUUCUUCCAGCCCUGGCUCGGAAACGGCCUCCUCAUCUCCACCGGUCAGAAAUGGCGCGCUCACCGCAAGCUGAUCGCCCCGACUUUCCACCUGAACGUCCUCAAGAGCUUCAUCGACCUGUUCAACGCCAACUCCCGGGCCGUCGUGCAGAAGAUGCGCAAGGAGGACGAGCGUGAAUUCGACAUCCACGACUACAUGUCCGAGACCACCGUCGAGAUCCUCCUCGAGACCGCCAUGGGCGUGUCCAAGAGCACCCAGGACAAGAGCGGCUUCGAGUACGCCAUGGCCGUGAUGAAGAUGUGCGACAUCCUCCAUCUGCGUCACACCCGCGUCUGGCUGAGGCCCGACUGGCUGUUCAACCUGACCAAGUACGGCAAGGAGCAGGUCCAUCUGCUCGACAUCAUCCACGGCCUGACCAAGAAGGUCAUCGCCCGCAAGAAGGAGGACUACAAGAGCGGCAAGCGCAACUUUGUCGACACCAGCGCCGCCGCCAAGGACAACAAGAGCACCACCGUCGUCGAGGGUCUGUCCUUCGGACAGUCCGCCGGACUGAAGGACGACUUGGACGUCGACGACAACGACGUCGGCGAGAAGAAGAGGCAGGCCUUCCUCGACCUCCUGGUCGAGGCCAGCCAGAACGGAGUCGUGUUGACCGACGAGGAGGUCAAGGAGCAGGUCGACACCAUAAUGUUCGAGGGCCACGACACCACCGCCGCCGGUUCCAGCUUCUUCCUCUCCAUGAUGGGCUGCCACCCCGACAUCCAGGAGAAGGUCAUCCAGGAGCUCGACGAGAUCUUCGGCGACAGCGACAGGCCCGCCACCUUCCAGGACACCCUGGAGAUGAAGUACCUCGAGAGGUGUCUCAUGGAGACCCUCCGUAUGUACCCGCCAGUGCCCAUCAUCGCGCGCGAGGUCAAGACCGACCUGAAGCUCGCUUCGGGAGACUACACGAUCCCAGCCGGCUGCACGGUAGUCGUGGCGACGUUCAAGCUCCACCGCCAGCCGCACAUCUACCCCAACCCCGAUGUCUUCAACCCGGACAACUUCCUGCCCGAGAAGACGGCCAACCGUCACUACUACGCCUUCGUUCCCUUCUCGGCCGGUCCCCGCUCAUGCGUCGGCCGCAAGUACGCCAUGCUCAAGCUCAAGAUCCUCCUCUCCACCAUCCUGAGGAACUUCCGCGUCAGGUCGACCGUCAAGGAGGAGGACUUCAGGCUCCAGGCCGACAUCAUCCUCAAGCGCGCCGAGGGCUUCAAGGUCAAGCUCGAGCCCAGGAAACGCGCUGCUGGCCUCAAGGCUUAGACUGGCUUGCGCUGAGCGCACACUAUACAGUGUAGACAUAAAACACCUUUUCUUCUUAUCUACUUCCUUUACAUUAUCGGAUAAAAACAACCCGCCUCGUCGCAAAGCUUAACGAGAGUCAAUUGAUUCAUUUUUAACUGUUAUUACCUGUUAAUGUGUACAUUCUAUAUACACACACACACAUAUAUAUAUAUAUAUAUAUCUUCUUUUUCCGAGAGGGAUGAUUAUGAAGCGCCGUUUAUAAUAUUUUGAAAGAAACGCACGUUGCUCGGGAGUACAGUCGUCGCGAAAUUUUUCGCGACAGAUUUUACUUAUAUGUUUGUUUUUUUUUUCGUUGUUGUUCUUAUAUAUUCUAUAUACAUUUAAUACUAUAAUUUUUGUUUGUCGUGGGGGGUCUCAAUGUGCACACUUUGUGCAACGAUUUCUAACGAUUAUUCGUCACACACGUUAUAGUUUUUAGUGCGAGAGGAGGAACGUAUACAGACGGCGUGGAUCGGGCGCGUUAUCGCUCUGAGCAUGUCGUUUAUCUUCGAUUCGUCUCGUUUUUUUGCUGCAUCGUAAAAUUUCGAAUGCGAAUUUUUUUUUUGUCAUCGUUGAACAUGCCACUGAGGUGACGCGUAUCCGACGCGCCGUAUGUGUAUAAGGCUACCUUAACGCCCAGCGAUAAAAUAUUAUUGUCAUUUAUAUUGUUUACCCGGUAUUUAUCUCGUGCAAUAAAUUAUGCAGUGGAUUUACUGCAAAACCAUUAA